AUGGAUGAUGGUGAUGAAGUAAAUCUUGUAACUGAGGCACAAUCGAAACUUCGACUAGGAGAUUCCUUAGAUUCUGGUCCAAAUCUCGUUCCUGAAACGUCGGGAGUCAGCCUCAGCUCAAGUAAUCCGACGAAUACAUCACCUGUCGAGUCUACUGUGAUCAACAAUUUUGUUUUGGAUGUUCGUAUCACGGACUUUGAGAAGAAAGGCGAUGGAAUGAAUGCUUUCAUUGUAUACAAACUCAUAACCAAGGCUGAAAAUGCACCGGGGAUUUCUGACCGAACCUACGAAGUGUGGAGGCGUUUCUCAGAUUUUUUGGGUCUGCACGACAAACUUUUCGAGAAGUACAUAUCCAAAGGCGUUGUUGUACCAGCUGCUCCUGAAAAAAGCAUUACUGCAAUGACUAAAACUAAGUUUAGUUUUCUCGCUACGUCAGAUCCGGCCACUUCUCGUGAAGUAGCUGUUCGAAGAGCACGACAGUUGGAGCGUUUUAUGAAACGAGUCAUUCAACACCCUAGACUUGCCGUGGACUGCGACGUUCGUGAUUUUCUGACAAUUGAGGUAGAUGGAUGUGUUUGUAUGAUUUGUCUUACAUACUUUCAUGUCGUUUUCUUGUUCAACAAUCGCGAGGUUUUUAAACAGCAUACAUUUACUUCCAUAGAAAAACACAAUACAAUACAACACUAG